AUGCCCGGUGGAAAAGGCAAAUCCGUCGGAGGCAAGGGUGCCCCGAAAGAUGCUGCUGGCAAAACUCAGAGAUCCCACAGCGCGAAGGCUGGUUUGCAGUUUCCUUGUGGCCGUAUAAAGCGCUUCUUGAAAAACAACACGCAAAAUAAAAUGCGCGUCGGUGCCAAAGCUGCUGUCUAUGUUACCGCCGUUCUCGAAUAUUUGACUGCGGAGGUGCUUGAACUCGCUGGAAAUGCCGCCAAGGAUCUUAAGGUCAAGCGUAUCACACCCCGCCAUCUCCAGCUGGCUAUCCGCGGUGACGAGGAGUUGGAUACAUUAAUUCGAGCAACUAUUGCCUUUGGGGGUGUCCUUCCACGCAUCAACAGAGCUCUAUUGCUCAAGGUCGAACAGAAGAAGAAGGGCAAGUCCGACGUGUAA